AGUAAAGUCCUAGACUCUCUGUAUUAGUUUAGUACUGUGUAAUCGAUUACAGUUGGUUGUAAUCGAUUAUCCGUCACUGAAAACAUGUGGGAGGAGACACGACUUCACGGUUGGGAUGGCGAGUGAGAAUGAUGCAGUGAAGAAGGCAAUGAUAGUUGAUGCUCGGGCUAGAAACAUUAGUCCCAAUGUGAGGUGCACGGAGUGUGGGAGUCAAUACAUUGAGGAUUCUCAAGCAGACAUUGCCAUUUUGCUCAGAAAGUUAAUUCAUGAUGAAAUUGGGGCUGGAAAGAGUGACAAGGAAAUCUACAAAAAGCUUGAGGACGAUUUUGGAGAGACUGUGCUCUAUACGCCCAAGUUUGAAAUGCAAACAGCAGCUUCGUGGUUAUCACCUGCAAAUUUUUUUCUAGAGGACUGAAAGGACUCGAGUUUGCUUUUUUCUUUAAUGUAGUUUAAAUUUUGCUGAUUCCGAAAAUAUGUUCUUUCAAAUAGGUCCUAAUUGCUGUUGCAGCUACAGGAGGAUGGGCUUACAAGAAGCAUAAACAAAAGACUAAUGUCCAUAUCAUGGUUCUGGACCUUGUUAGAGGUGUUUUAUUGACCCUAAAAGAGAAGCAGACAAUGAUUGAUAUCCUUACGCUACCUCCUUCACAGGGAGCUAGAACACCCUUCUGGUGGAGGAGAUGAUAAGGUCAAUGAUCACGUUGACCAUCUACUAUUAUGACUUGAAGAAAACCUUUGAUGUGGUACAUGUUUGUGAUAGUAAGUUUCACUUUUAUGUUAAUCCACAAAUUUUCCAGCCUGGGAUUGUAAUACCUCCUUGGAUAGAACCUAGUUUGAAUCAAUAAACAAACAUAAUUGGAAUGUGUGUAUGAAUAAAUA